GGUAAGGCACUCCUCCAUUACCCAGCAUUCUUCGGACGCUCAUUCACUCCUCGCCGAAUUUCAAAAUGUCGUCUACUCCAAGCUCAGCCGAACUUCUUCAUGUAGGAGGCGAAAGAACCUCAGGCGAAAGCAUUAGAAACCAAAAUGUUACGGCAGUUACAGCCAUCGCAAACAUCGUGAAAAGCUCGCUUGGACCAGUUGGUUUGGACAAGAUGCUGGUUGACGAUAUUGGGGAUGUGACUGUAACCAAUGAUGGGGCAACAAUUCUCAAGUUACUUGAGGUCGAACACCCAGCCGCUAAGAUCCUAUGCGAGUUGGCUGACCUGCAAGACCAAGAAGUCGGAGACGGAACAACGUCAGUUGUAAUCCUGGCAGCAGAGCUUCUUAAAGGAGCUAACGAACUUGUUAAACAGAAGAUCCACCCCACUUCUAUUAUAAGCGGAUACAGACUAGCCUGCAAGGAGGCAUGUAAAUACAUUCAGGAGCACAUGACAAUAAGUGUGGAUGAGCUCGGUAGGGACUGCAUCGUGAGUGCCGCCAACACCGCCCUCUCUUCCAAGCUUAUUGGGCAGCAAGGGGAUUUCUUUGCUAACAUGAUUGUAGAUGCUGUCAUGGCCGUCAAGCGUACAGGGAACAAGGGAGAGGCGAAGUACCCCAUUAAGGCAAUAAAUGUACUGAAGGCUCAUGGUGGCAGUGCUAAGGAGAGUAUACUUGUAGAUGGUUAUGCUCUCAACUGCACCAUUGCUUCACAAGCUAUGCCUAAACAAGUAACUAAUGCCAAGAUUGCUUGUCUGGACUUCACACUCCAAAAGGCCAAAAUGCAUCUUGGGGUUAGCGUCGUGGUCGAUGACCCAGAAAAACUAGAGGCCAUCAGAAAAAGAGAAUCAGACAUUACAAAGGAGCGUAUCCAAAAGAUCUUGGCAUCAGGGGCUAAUGUUGUGCUGAGCACUGGUGGUAUAGAUGACUUGUGCCUUAAGUACUUUGUUGAGUGUGGAGCUAUGGCCGUAAGACGGGUCAAGAAAGGCGACCUCAAAAGAAUUGCUAGAUCAACAGGGGCUACCAUGGUAUUGUCUCUGGCUAAUCUUGAGGGGGAAGAGAGCUUCGAUGCAUCUAUGCUUGGUCAAGCAGAGGAAGUCUGCCAACAAAGGAUCUGCGAUGAUGAGUUGAUUGUGAUCAAGGGCACCAAGGCGCGGUCAUCCUCCUCCAUCAUUCUACGUGGAGCUAACGACUACAUGUUAGAUGAGAUGGAACGAUCCAUGCAUGAUGCCAUCUGCGUUGUCAAGAGAGUGCUUGAGUCCAAGACCCUAGUGCCAGGUGGCGGAGCUGUAGAGGCGGCUCUCUCUAUAUACCUAGAGAACUUCGCAACGUCAUUGGGCUCCCGCGAGCAGCUUGCCAUUGCAGAGUUUGCAAACUCAUUGCUAGUCAUCCCUAAGAUCCUGUCAGUGAACGCAGCAAAGGACUCGGCCGACCUGGUGGCCAAGCUGAGAGCAUUCCAUAACACAUCACAGAUCAACGCUGAGAGAUCACACCUCAAAUGGAUUGGGCUGGAUCUUGUUGAGGGCACGGUUCGUGAUAACAAGAAAGCUGGUGUGUUUGAGCCUGCCAUCUGUAAAAUUAAGAGCUUGAAGUUUGCAACGGAAGCCGCCAUAACCAUCCUGAGGAUAGACGACAUGAUCAAACUGACACCAGAGAAGAAGGAAGAAGGCGGUUAUCAGCAGGCAUAUCAAUCAGGGCAACUGCACGGGUAACACCCUGUGCAACUAAUGAUUGACAGUCCAUCACCCUGCACAACUAUAAUGGAUGAUGUUGAGUAGGGUGUUCAUGUCGCCCCAUCGCUAUGCUUGCUGUAUACUGCUAAAUACUGUGUGUAAAAUGAUGGUAGUUCAAUACAGCUAUAACGUUACAACUUG